CUGAGAACUUUUGCCUGUCGCCUGGUCGUUGGGACAGCCUCUCACACAUCAUCUCUAUAGCCGCACCAACUGGGAAACUAACCUCACCUGCAAUCUGUCCAACCAAAUAAACCCCCCCCUUCAACGUUUUUGACUACUGCCAUCUGACAUGGAGACCCAGCAAAGAAACGGACACCACUCACUUUGCCACACCUGCCGGAGAACGGAGAGCAGCAGAAUGAAGGUCAAGAAGAUGUCUUCAUCCAGUCGUGUGCUGCUGUUUGCAUUGGCCCUGACGCUCUAUGUUGUGGAAAUAGCCUCGGCAGAGACGCUGUGUGGGGGAGAGCUGGUGGAUGCGCUGCAGUUCGUCUGCGAAGACAGAGGCUUCUAUUUCAGUAGGCCAACCAGCAGGGGAAACACCAGGCGCCCCCAGAACCGUGGGAUUGUAGAGGAGUGUUGUUUCCGUAGCUGUGACCUCAACCUGCUGGAGCAGUACUGUGCCAAACCCGCCAAGUCCGAAAGGGACGUGUCGGCCACCUCUCUACAGGUCAUACCCGUGAUGCCCGCACUAAAACAGGAAGUCCCAAGGAAGCAGCAUGUGACCGUGAAGUAUUCCAAAUACGAGGUGUGGCAGAGGAAGGCGGCCCAGCGGCUCCGGAGGGGUGUCCCCGCCAUCCUGAGGGCCAAAAAGUUUCGGAGGCAGGCGGAGACGAUCAAAGCCCAGGAGCAGGCAAUCUUCCAUAGGCCUCUGAUCAGCCUGCCCAGCAAACUGCCUCCUGUCUUGCUCGCCACGGACAACUAUGUCAACCACAAAUGAGCCCGCUGCCAGCCCUUUGCACAGACAAGAGUUUGGAGGGAGAAAAAAAGGAUUAUAGCUUUGUCUCUGACGUCAUUUCUGUGGCAGUCCUCUUUGACCUCCCCUGCCCUGUCCGAGCCCACCAAUUCCUCCCCCUGCUCUCAUCCACUACUUCUUGACCCCCUGGCCCUUUUCUAUUGCCCCCUCAACCCCACCCACCCAUCCUCCUCCGGCAGACAAACAUGCCUUCACAUUCUUCCUGUCUGAACUCUUUCGUUCCCUCUCUCUUUCAGUCACUGACACAAAAGGCACAAACACAAAUGAUGAACAAAAAGUUAACAAUUCGGCUGAAUGCAAUUCAGGUGGAUCCUUCAGCAAAAGAGAAACGGGAAAGGAGAAAAGUAGAUGAAAGAGAUCUGUGGUUUGCAAGUGUCAAGAGGACACCCAGCGGAAUGUUUUUUUGUCCUUGUGGAAGACAACUGAAAGUGAAGAGCAGCUUGCAUGAAAGAAUCCAUUCCACAUCAUUUUUCCUGAGGCAAAAAGAAAAUCUCUGUUAGUUCUUUUUCUUAUUAGUUUGCACCUCUACCUAUAAAGGGACUUCCACACUGUAAGGAAUUAUUUUGUAAAAUUAGAUUCCUGUUCCAGCACCUUUUGAUCACAAACAAAAAGCAGAAAAGUCUGCAAAAUUGCACAUUGCCACGGAUUACGUCAAAGUAAAGAAAAAAAUGGCACUAUUUUUUUAUGAACAAUGAACGUGUAGCUUAAAAAAAUGUCAUGGUGCUAGCUUUGGGAAUGGACUCAAAGAAGAGGUUGAAAAGCACGUUUUUUUUCUUUGAAUGAAUAUUAAAACUUUCCGUUUUAAGGAAAGUGUGACUUUAAAAAAAAAAAGGAAAAUAAAGGAUAUGGGGGAGCUCCUGGCAGUGGCAAUGUCAAGGGGGAAGUGUCACUGAGAGAAGAUAUGGGCUGUGUUGGCAUCUAGACUCACAGCGAAUGCUAGCGGCUGCUCAUCACUAGCUUGCCAGCGUAAGCGGCAAGGGGGACCUGCGACCCAGUCCCUGUUCCUCCUUUCCCUCUGAGGCUGCCAGACACGGGGAGCAGUGUGGGGACACAUAUGGGACACCGUGGACCGCCUGGAUUGGACAGUACUACAGUUCUGGGACAGUACUUCCUGUUUGCCAUGGCUUUUCAGACUGCUCUGACAGGAAGUAACAUGGCAUGGACAAAGAGCAAGUGGGAUAACGAUGAUUAUAUUUUAUUUUGUCUUUUUUUCUGUUUUCUUUUCAUAUCAAUGUUUCAAUGAAAAAAAAGGAAAACCCCGUCAGUUUCUGGUACCGUGACAUUCCUGUUUUUCCAAGUUAGGCUUUUUUGUUUCCAUGGUUAUUGUUAUGAUGUUAUUUUACAGUUCUAAAGAAAGGCACAAAAUUUCAAUUCAAAGGGAAAAAAAACAGCAAUAAUGUCAACUAACAUUUUAUUUUUAUUGUAUAUCAGUAGUAUUCACAUGCUUUUGCCUGAAAACAAAUACUUGAAUAUAUAUAUAUAUAUAUACAUCUAUAUAUAUAUAUAUAUAUCUAUAUAUAUAUAUAUCUAUAUAUAUAUAUAUAUAGAUAUAUAUAUAUAUAUAUAUAGAUAUAUAAUUAGUUUCCAGGGACGUUGUGUUAUUUUCCUUUAGUCUGAGCUGUAUCUUGCGUAAUGAGCCGCCAAGCUUUUUUGUUUGUUUGUUGAAAUACAAAUAAGGGCACUGUAUAAAGGCAUUAUUUAUUUUGUUAUAAAAUAUAUUUGAAAAAUUGGUCCAAAUAAUAUACGUAGCACUGAUGCUCAACUGACGGUUUUAUUUUGUAUGAUCUCUGUUUUCCAAUUGGAGUUGUAAGGCUUUUUUGUAGAUGCUUUGUACCAAAAAUAAUGUCUUAUUUUUCCUUUUUUUUUUUGUUUGCCAUAGUUACUUUAAAUUAAUAUUUUAACAGCAGCAUAGCCUGGAUUGCUUAGGCAUGUUAUGUCACAGAAAUAGGCACA